CUUGCUGGAGCAGAGAGAGAAGGAGACGCUUGGAGAGAGGGAAGGAGACGCUGAGAGAGAGAGAGGGAAGGAGACGCUGAGAGAAGGAGAAGGAGACGCGCCAGAGCAGCUUACUAAUACUCGGAAGAUGUCUGGAGAAGAGGAAGAGAACGCUGCAGAGCUAAAGAUUGGAGAAGAGUUUUUGAAGGCGAAGUGUCUGAUGAAUUGUGAAGUUGCACUAAUUCUCGAUCGAAAAUAUGAGCAGCUUCAACAGAUGUCUGAUGAUCCUAUGAAUCAAAUUUCUCAAGUUUUUGAGAAGUCAUUGCAGUAUGUAAAGCGCUUUAGUCGCUACAAAAAUCCAGAUGCUGUGAGGCAGGUUCGAGAAAUCUUGAGCCGAAACCAGCUAGCUGAAUUUGAGCUUUGUGUUCUUGGCAACCUUUGCCCUGAAACUGUAGAAGAGGCCAUAGCUAUGGUCCCAUCUCUUAAGACCAAAGGACGAAUUCAUGAUGACGACGCCAUUGAGAAAAUGCUACAUGACCUCUCUCUGAUCAAGAAAUUUGAGUAGGGUUCAGAUGUUGUUCAGGGUGAUGGAUUACCUACAAAAAGGGAAUGUAGCCCAAGUAACUCAGACCUCUCUUCAAUAUUUUGUAUGAGUUAUGUCACUUAUUUGCAUCAUAAAUACAAGUAUGGAUAAACGUUUUAAAACA